GGUCGGGGCCGGCCUCCGGGGCGCAGGGGGCGCUGUGAUCGGCCACGGGCGCCAAGGCCACCUCCCGCGCGUCCCCCACCGGCUCCGAGGCAGCCGCGAUGAGCUCAGACGCGGCGUUGCUUUUGGAGGCGGCCGACUUCGCCGCCAGGAAGCAUCGCAAGCAGCGGCGGAAGGACCCGGAGGAGACCCCGUACAUCAAUCACCCCAUCGGUGUGGCUCGCAUCUUAACCCACGAGGCGGGAGUGACGGACGUCGUGGUGCUGCAGGCCGCUUUGCUUCACGACACUGUGGAAGACACAGACACCACGUUGGAGGAGGUGGAGGAACAUUUUGGGGCGGAGGUGAGGCGCAUUGUGGAUGAGGUGACCGAUAACAAGGAGCUGCCCAAGCUGGAGCGAAAGCGACUGCAGGUGGAGAACGCCUCGCACAGCAGCCGGGGUGCCAAGCUGGUGAAACUGGCAGAUAAGCUGUACAACCUUCGGGACCUGAACCGGCGCACCCCGAAAGGAUGGUCUGAGCAGAGGGUUCAGGAGUACUUUGAGUGGGCAGCACAAGUGGUAAAAGGCCUUCAGGGCACAAGCCCCCAAAUGGAAGGUGCAUUGCAGAAACUGUUCCAAGAACGAGGACUAUCCCUGUGAGCAGCAGGGGGUAACUAGAAAUGUCGUGAAGACUUCAACUUGAUCUAGGCCAAGAAGAGGAUUCAAAAAUCUACUCUGAUGAUAUUGAAGCCCCCAAGGCAAUAUACUGAUUCCUUUAACAGAAUUUUAUAAAGUGGGAAGGACUCUGGCUUUCUUUCUGCUACCUGAGUUAAACACUAAUUUUUGAAACUUAGACUGCCUUCUAUGCCUAUUGUAACCCUGUAAUACACAGUGACCUUUGAGACUGCUUCUCUGGGUCUGUGAGCUUUUUUUCUAAGUUGGAUUCACUGAUCAUACUGAAGACAGAAGAACACUGAUUUUUGUUUUAUAAAUCCAAUGAAAAUAAAAGGCCUGCAGAAAUACUUAAAA